AUGUUAGACUCUGCUUCUGUCUUCAAUCAAGUGCCUCAGGCUCCCCCUGAUAUGAUCUUCAACCUCACUGCUCAAUACAAGGCUGAUAAGAACCCCAAUAAAAUCAAUAUUGGUGUAGGAGCUUUCCGUACAGACGAAUUGAAGCCUUAUGUGCUUCCUGUUGUAAAGAAGGCUGAAUCGAUUCUUUAUAACGAUGAAAGCUUGGAUCAUGAAUACCAACCUAUUGCUGGUACAACCGCAUUCACUAAUGCUGCUGUCAAGUUAAUUUUGGGUCAAGACAGCCCUGCUAUUCAAGAAAAGCGUUAUGCAGGUGUCCAAACUAUUUCUGGUACCGGUGCUAAUCACACAGGUGCUCUUUUCCUUUCCAAGUUUUAUACCAAGAGCAAAAAAUGUUAUAUCUCUAAUCCUACUUGGGCUAAUCACCGUGCUAUCUUCAGUUUGGUGGGGUUUGAAGUCGAAGAUUAUCCUUAUUGGAACCCCGACAACCGCGGUUUGGAUUACGAAGGUUUAUUGGCAUGCAUGCGUCAAGCACCUGAAGGUUCUAUCUUUGUUCUUCAUGCCUGUGCCCACAACCCUACUGGUGUUGAUCCUACACGUGAACAAUGGAAGGGUAUUGCUCAAGUCAUGCGUGAACGCGACUUGUUCCCCUUCUUUGACUGCGCUUAUCAAGGAUUUGCUUCUGGUGAUUUAGACAAUGAUGCCUGGGCCGUGCGUUACUUUGUUGAACAAGGAUUCGAAUUGUUUGUCUGUCAAUCGUUUGCUAAAAACUUUGGUUUGUACGGUGAACGUGCUGGUAAUUUGACCAUUGUGACCCAAUCCAGUUCUGAAGCCGAGCGUGUCUUGUCUCAACUUGAAAAACUCCAACGCGCCGAAAUCUCGAAUCCUCCUGCUUUUGGUGCUCGUAUUGUCAGUAUCGUCUUGAACGACCCAGCCUUGUAUCAAGAAUGGAAAGAGAAUUUGCAAUACAUGUCGAAUCGUAUCAUUGAGAUGAGAAAGGCUCUUUACCAUCAUUUGGUUCAACUUCAGACACCUGGUACUUGGCACCAUAUCACAGAUCAAAUUGGUAUGUUUUCAUUCACAGGUCUAAAGGCACCUCAAGUCAAAGUACUCAAAGAGAAAUACUCUAUCUAUUUGACUGAUAAUGGCCGUGUCUCUAUGGCCGGUGUUUCUUCUACCAAUGUUGAAUAUUUAGCUAAAGCCAUUGAUGAUGUUGUUCGCAACGUAUGA